AUGUCGGUUGUAAACAGUAUCGAAUUACUCUUCGACCGUCCGAACGAAACCCUUAUAACACCUAAGGGGGAAGACAACACCGUUUUCCAGCUAACCGAACAGUACUUGCCAAAGGGAUAUGAGAACAACGGCAUCGAGCUCAACAACCGUUUCGGUGACAAUGCCAACACGAUCCCGCUCAAGGGCCUGAGCCAGCUGCCCAAAUUCCCCAAGGCGUCCCAGUUGCCCGUUGACACCGACUUCUCCCUAUUCCUGCCGAAGCACCAAGAGAUGGCUACAGAGGUCAUAGACGCUUUGCUGCGUGUUCCCGAAAAUGAACUUCAGGACUUCUUGUCAACUUGUGUGUAUGCCCGAGUGAACUUAAACCCUCAACUUUUCAAUUACUGCUUCACUGUGGCAUUGAUGCACAGAAAUGACACUAAGAAUGUCCGCAUCCAAAACUUUGCAGAAACUUUCCCAUCCAAAUUCCUAAACUCCCAAGUCUUUGCGCAAGCAAGAGAGACUGCAGCAGUUAUACCAAAGGGCACCCCUCGCAUCCCAAUUAUAAUUCCAAGAGAUUACACAGCGACGGAUCUGGAUAUUGAGCAUCGUUUAGCAUACUUUCGUGAGGACAUUGGCGUUAACUUACACCACUGGCAUUGGCAUCUCGUGUAUCCAUUCACUGCUAGUGACAGAAGAAUUGUCGCAAAAGAUCGUCGUGGAGAAUUAUUCUUUUAUAUGCAUCAACAAAUAAUAGCUCGUUACAACGGAGAACGUCUUAAUAAUUCAUUACCUAGAACAAAGAAAUUCAGUAACUGGAGAGAACCAAUCCCAGAAGCUUAUUUCCCUAAACUAGACAGUUUGACAUCAUCACGAGGAUGGCCACCACGACAGGCCAACAUGCGCUGGCAGGAUCUAAACCGUCCUGUUGAUGGACUUAAUGUCACCAUUGCCGACAUGGAACGUUGGAGAAGAAAUAUAGAAGAAGCUAUUGCCACUGGAAUGGUUCGAUUGCCAAAUGGUUCAACACAAGCGCUUGAUAUCGAUACUUUAGGCAACAUGGUGGAAUCGAGUAUACUAUCACCGAACAGAGAGCUGUAUGGUAGCAUACACAACAACGGCCAUAGCUUUUCAGCGUAUAUGCAUGAUCCUAACCAUCGCUAUCUAGAAUCCUUCGGGGUUAUUGCUGACGAAGCCACUACUAUGCGGGAUCCCUUCUUCUACCGUUGGCACGCGUGGAUCGACGAUCUUUUCCAAAGAUACAAGGAAUCUACUAAUGUUCGCCGUUAUACACGCUCCGAGCUGGAGAACCGCGGCGUCGAUGUGACGUCGGCUGCGAUCGAAAGCGCUGGCGGACAAAUGAACACGCUCAACACCUUUUGGAUGAUGAGUGACGUCGACCUGUCCCGCGGCCUCGACUUCUCCGACCGCGGAUCGGUGUUCGCCCGCUUCACUCACCUCAACCACAGACCGUUCCGUUACGUUAUAAACGUGAACAACACUAGCAACGCGCGUCGAGCCACUGUCCGCAUUUUCAUGGCGCCCAAAUUCGACGAGCGAAAUCUCGCGUGGGCCCUCUCCGACCAGCGGAAGAUGUUCAUCGAGAUGGACCGCUUUGUCGUGCCACUGAACGCCGGGCAGAACACGAUCAUGCGCGAGUCCAGCCAGUCGUCGGUGAGCAUUCCGUUCGAGCAGACGUUCCGCGACCUCAGCGCGGGGGGCCAGGACCCGAGGCGUGGUGACCUCGUCUCGUUCAACUACUGUGGCUGCGGCUGGCCCCAGCACAUGCUGGUGCCGCGCGGCACAGAGGCCGGCGCCGCGUACCAGCUCUUCGUCAUGCUGUCCAACUACGAACUGGACAAGAUCGAGCAGCCCGGCGGCGGGGAAAUGACGUGCAAGGAGGCAUCCAGUUACUGCGGCCUGCGUGACAAGAUGUACCCAGACAAGCGUCCCAUGGGAUUCCCCUUCGACCGGCCCUCGGCCACCGCCAGCAGCAUCGAGGACUUCAUACUGCCCAAUAUGGCUCUGGUCGACAUAACCAUACGACUGCAGAACGUCACCGAACCCAACCCCCGGAACCCGACCAAU